AAAUUGAUGGAUUUCAAUGUUGAAUGGAAUUUAGAAUCAGAAAAAUCGACGGAUAAUGCUUUAUAUGAUUGUAUACCACCGGAAUUGGUAAUCAGAAUUGAUAAUUAUUUAUCCUUCGAAGAUAGCCUUCAUUUUCAGAUAAGCGAUGAUCCUCUUGAUUGUUAUAUUAUCAGCACUAAAAGCUAUAUACCUAAACGAAAUUUUUUGGAAAGAAAUUUGAACACAGUUUUCAUAACAUGUAACAAAAUUGUGGACGUAAUGAUGAUUAUGAAAGAUAUCGGAUCAUUACAGGGUUGUAGUUCUGAUGUGCCGCAGUUAUUGAAAGAAACAUCAUUGUAUCAAAGAAACGGUUAUUUGGGAUAUCUGUUCACGAAGAUACCUCAACAAAUGAUAGCUCAACUCAAGACUGUUUCAUUACAUGUCGAUAUCAUGCGUGAUAAUCUAACACAGCUAUGCUUUCCAUGUCCAACUCAGGAUCUUCUUUAUUCCAUUCAUCAUUUGGCUGAUUCUCAUUUUGAAACUUUCACUCAGGUUUACUCUUAA